GGCCACCCAGGUCAGCCCAGGUGUCCAGUCGAGGGUGGGCGGGUGCACGCUAGAGGCGUGGACGCCACCAAAGCACGCCCCGGCCGCUCUUAAGGAGCUGAAGGCCAGUGCCAGAGAGGAAGGAGGAAGAAAGCCCCGCUGCUGCUGACCCUCUGGGACCUAGAAGUAGACAAAAUCCGCGCCCAGCCCGGCCCCAGCUAGCUGCGCCAUGCGGGGUUCCAGCGUGGCUCUGUGGCUCUUGCUGACUCUGCGGCUCUUCCUGACUCUGCGCACUGUGCUUGGCGGGAUGGAGGUGCGGUGGUGCACCAUCUCAGACCCAGAGCAGCAGAAGUGCAGUGACAUGAGCAAGGCCUUCCAGCAAGCAGGCAUCCAGCCCUCUGUCCUGUGUGUCCAGGGCACCUCCGCUGACCACUGUGUCCAGCUCAUCACGCAGGCCCAGGAGGCUGAUGCCAUCACUCUGGAUGGAGGAGCCAUUUACCAGGCGGGGAAGGAGCACGGCCUGAAGCCUGUGGUGGGCGAGGUUUACGAUCAAGAGAUUGGUACCUCCUAUUAUGCCGUAGCUGUGGUCAAGAGGGGCUCCCAGGUGACCAUCAACACCCUGAAAGGCAUGAAGUCCUGCCACACGGGCAUCAACCGGACGGUGGGCUGGAACGUGCCCGUGGGCUACCUGGUAGAGAGCGGCCGCCUCUCGGUGAUGGGCUGUGAUGUGCUCAGAGCUGUCAGUGACUAUUUUGGGGGCAGCUGUGUCCCGGGGGCAGGAGAGACCAGUUACUCAGAGUCCCUCUGUCGCCUCUGCCGGGGCGACUCCACUGGGGAAGGAGUGUGUGACAAGAGCCCCCUGGAGAGAUACUACGACUACAGCGGGGCCUUCCGGUGCCUGGCAGAAGGGGCCGGGGACGUGGCCUUUGUGAAGCACAGCACAGUGCUGGAGAACACAGAUGGGAAAACCCUGCCCUCCUGGGGCCAGGCCUUGCUGUCACAGGACUUUGAGCUGCUGUGCCAGGACGGCACCAGGGCUGAUGUCACCGAAUGGAGGCAAUGCCACUUGGCUCGGGUACCAGCUCACGCCGUGGUGGUCCGGGCUGACACAGAUGGAGGCCUCAUCUUCCGGCUGCUCAACGAAGGCCAGCGUCUGUUCAGCCAUGAGGGUAGCAGCUUCCACAUGUUCAGCUCUGAGGCCUAUGGCCAGAAGAACCUGCUAUUCAAAGACGCCACCUCCGAGCUGGUGCCCAUCGCCACGCAGACCUAUGAGGCAUGGCUGGGCCGCGAAUACCUGCAUGCCAUGAAGGGUCUCCUCUGUGACCCCAACCGACUGCCCCAUUACCUGCGCUGGUGUGUGCUGUCCACACCCGAGAUCCAGAAGUGUGGAGACAUGGCUGUGGCCUUCAGCCGGCAGAGGCUCAAGCCAGAGAUCCAGUGUGUGUCAGCCGAGUCCCCCCAGCAGUGCAUGGAACGAAUCCAGGCUGGGCAGAUUGACGCUGUGACCCUAAAGGGCGAGGACAUUUACACAGCAGGGAAGACAUAUGGGCUGGUCCCAGCAGCCGGGGAGCACUAUACCCGGGAGGACAGUAGUAACUCGUACUUCGUGGUGGCCGUGGUGAAGCGGAACAGUUCCUAUGCCUUCACCCUGGAUGAGCUGCGGGGCAAGCGCUCCUGCCACCCGGGCUUCGGCAGCCCCGCGGGCUGGGACAUCCCUGUGGGCGCCCUCGUGCAGAGGGGCUUCAUCCGGCCCAGGGACUGCGACGUCCUCACAGCGGUGAGUGAGUUCUUCAGUGCCAGCUGUGUGCCUGUGAACAACCCCAAAAACUACCCCUCCUCACUGUGUGCACUCUGCGUGGGGGAUGAGCAAGGCCGCAACAAGUGUGUGGGCAGCAGCCAGGAGAGGUACUACGGCCACAGUGGCGCCUUCAGGUGCCUGGUUGAGAAUGCAGGGGACGUUGCCUUUGUCAAGCACACGACGGUCUUUGACAAUACAAAUGGCCACAGUUCUGAGCCCUGGGCUGCUGAGCUCAUGUCAGAGGACUAUGAGCUGCUGUGUCCCAAUGGGGCCCGGGCUGAGGUGACCCAGUUUGCAGCCUGUAACCUGGCACAGAUACCAUCCCAUGCUGUCAUGGUCCGUCCAGACACCAACAUCUUCACUGUGUAUGGACUGCUGGACAAGGCCCAGGACCUCUUUGGAGAUGACCACAAUAAGAAUGGGUUCAAAAUGUUCGACUCCUCCAGCUAUCAUGGCCAAGACCUGCUUUUCAAGGAUGCCACCGUCCGGGUGGUACCUGUGGGAGAAAAGACGACAUAUCGUAGCUGGCUGGGCCCCGACUACGUGGUGGCUCUGGAAGGGAUGCUGUCUCAGCAGUGCUCAGGCACAGCGACCGCGGCCUCCAGGGUCUCCCUACUCCUGCUGCUGCUCCCGCUGACCCUCACGGCCAGCCUCCUCCAGCCCUGCCUCUGAAGCAUCUCUGGGCCAGCCUUGCCCUCCUUUGGAAUGGAAACCUAUUCAGAAAUCUCUCUAAAUCAGGCUGUUCUCCUCAGUAAAUCCGGUUAACACUGCUCAGAGAAAAAAAUGUGUGAUGGGAAAGGAAGCGUGAAAAACCAUAGAGCUCCUCAGGGCUGCAAUUCCGACACUGAAGUUUCUGUGAUUGCUUCAAAGUGGAAUAAAGAUGAACGUUAAAACAAAGUGCCCCCAACUGGACUGAGCGGGUCCCUCCCGCUGGAACCCAGCCUCUGCCUCCCAGGCACCACCUGUCCCUCCGCUACCUGAGGUGGCACGCUGGCCCGCCUCCAGUCACGCCCCACCCACAGGCUGGCACAGCCGCUUCCCUGCAGGUCUGCAGGCUCCCACCACGCAGAUCCUCACCAGCCUCGGGUUUGGAAAAGACCGGUUGCCAAGGAAACGGGCUGAACCUGAGCUUCCCACAUGGCCCUCUCUGCUGGAACUCGCCCUGCUGAGCCGCCCAGGGGGGCCUGGUGAGAUGACAGGCCUGCCGGCCCCUCGCUGCCGGUUCCCACCUCCUCCUCUGGGGAAUGGACACCGCACCCAGCACCUCCCAUCAGCCCCCGCUCCGUCUGUCCCUGGACUCCCUGUUCCAGCCCCCCUCGUGAGGAUACUGUGUGUCUGUCUGUCUCCACUGAGGCAGUACCUGAUGAGGCUGGAGCCAGGCUCUCCAAGGAGGCAAAGCUUCUGGGCACUCACAGCCCUUUGUCCUUGUCUUCUGCGGCUUGGCAUGGCCAGGACCACCGGACCCCUAAUUGUGCUGGGCUGGGGAGGCCAGGGCUGGACCCUAGGGAUGAAGUCCUCAAGAGUCCUGGGGCAACGGAAAUGCUUCUCAGAAUUUUUACUAGGUAGGGGGCUUGAUGCAGGGUUGGAGGUCUAAAAUCUUGCCUAAAUACCUGUCUGUGUAAGAAGGGCAGGCCUCAGAACAAGGUGUGAUCUGUGUGCCCUGCCCUUUUGUGGUUCAGCUGCACCAGGCUCUGUCCUGAGGCUCAGCCCCGCCAGCAGGAAUCCCCACUCCUGAGUUUCCUCCUCUUAGGCUCCAUCACAGUUUACCCUCUCCUGCUCUGCUGUGAUGUCCACUGCUCUGGAGCUGCUCCUGUACCUCUGGCAGCAGUGGUUUCCUCUAAAUUAAAGGGUUCAGCCUUCGGGGCUACCCAGUGAUCUCCAGGUGCUCAAGUGUGUGGGGGGUUGCCUCUGAAGAGCUGGGGAUGGGGAGAUGCCAUUCUGUUUGUCAGAGGAGCCUCAGGCCAGCGAGGGGCUGAGGGGAGUCCCAGCUCCUCUGGUGUGAGCACAGGGUCUCUUCGUCCCAGAUGUCCUCUGACUGGGCCCGAGGGCCACUCAUUUCAGAGGAAGGCUCCAUCCUCCCCAUCCCCUUCGAAUCAGUGGAAAGUGCUAGGAGAGGGUCUCCAUUAUCGUCAUGGUUGUUUGGAAAGCAGGAAAAAGUUCCCCGAACUGCCAGCUCUUACUCUGAAAUCUGCUCCCUUUAAAAAAGUGAAAAAAAGAAACGAGAGCAAGCCACCUUCGUCAGCAGGCUGGGAGCCGCGUGGGCCUGGAGCUAUUUGCAUCUUCGUCUGCGGGGGCCUCGGGGAUGCUGAUGACAGGCUGGGCUCCCAGUGCUUCGCCCCCACCUGUGGGCGUUGGGAUGGAUCCCUUCCAUCCUCAGCGGAGAAGGAGGCCACUGGCCGUGUCCUGGCCACGGUCACACCAUCCUGAGGAGUCCUGGCCCCCACCCCACGGUGAGAGGCCAGAAGGAGCCGGCCUCAGCUACCAAGCAUGUACCCUCUUCUCUGAAGGAGCAAAAUAAUUCUUCUCUGACUUGAUUGUUUGAUUUCUUUUUCUUUUUUUUUCAAAGGGAGAUUUGUGUAGUGAGGAGUGUAUUACCAUGUGGCCAUCCUGGGCCAGUGUGCUGCCCAGGCUGUGACACUGUACUUGGAGUCCCUCAAGGGUGUGACCUGCCUGAGUGCUGGGUGGCUUCUGUCAGGUGACAGCAAGGAGCCACCUCUGUGUUAGCACUCAUGAAAGAUGUUGGUUUGUUCUUUUAAAUAAAGCCAAACAACCUGCA